AUGCGCACCUCGACUCCAGCUUCAGCCUUGCUGUUCCUCGCUAGCGCUGUGGUAGCGCAGUCAAGCGAGGGACUAUUCACCAUCCAGACGUCUAUCCCAUGCGACUGCAUAAUGGAGCCCUGUACCGAGUGCUCCUCGCACAUCAUCGUCCCAGAAACCUCCAUCUCGGGAGUCAUGUCGAUUCCGGGCGGAGAUACGUUGCUUAGAAAGGGCUGA